AUGAAAGAAAUCGUACAAAGUUAUCUUGUUUCCAAGAAAUGGAAAACCCGAUUAUCUGGACGUUUUCCUAGUUUGAUUGUCGAAGAUCCAUUAGCAAUGCAAAAUAUCAAAUACAAUUCAAAAGUUGCUGAUGAAGAGAGAUCGAAAUUCGUAAGUUGGGUUAAUCAUAUUGUGGAUGAACAUCAAGGUCCUUAUAUAAACGAAUUCAAGGUUGUUUUCGAUCUGGAUAAUAGUUUCCAAUAUGAUAUUGAUAAAUGGGUGGAUUAUGCAAUAGCGAAACGAGCAAAGAAGCUAGUGUUACACUUGAAACCACCAGGGGCAUAUUAUCAACAAGAACAAAAGCGUUAUACUUUUCCAGAUGAAUAUUGUAAGGCAACCACUUUUGGUUUCAGGAACGCGAUUACAUCAUUGAGUCUAAAUGACGUGAAUAUAACUUUAGAAAUGGUUGAAAACCUUAUUAAGAAUUGCCUGUUUCUUGAGUACCUUUGCAUUGAAGAGGCGCCAUAUUUAUCCUGCAUUAGAUCAUCAGUUUCUUCUUCUUCAUUGAAACAUUUACAAGUAUCGCGUUGUAAUAAAAUGGAACUCAUCGAUAUAUCUGUUCCGAAACUCUUGUCCUUUGCAUACUAG